GGUCUUUAGUAUCUUCUCUCUCUCUCACUUGCUCGUGUUCGCUAUUUAUCCCUUUUCUACGUCUGGAACGUCUUUCAUUAAGAGUUUUAAUUCCUAGUAUAUAUUCUUAUUACACGAUUUUUAUUCUUCAAAGCCACCCUACCGAUUAAAAGCAAAAACAGAGCAAUCAUGAUGCAUUCGAUAUUAUUUGUUGUAAUCCUCGGAGCCAUGGCUGUCGUCAACGCAGCCCCAGCAUCUUCAACUGUAAACCCCGAUGCAGUUACAGGAACAAAAUGUACUGAUCCCUCAACAACUCUUGUAUCUCAUGAUAUCAACGUGGCUCUUCUCGGAAUUUGUGGAGGUAUAGCAGGAACUAUCCAACAAUGCGGUGGGGAGCCUACGUCAACCACUGGAGAAUCGGGUACUGCUCUCUUGAAACUCAAUGCUGCCACAUCCGGUCAGACAAUUGAUAUCACGAAAGGAAGAUGGGAAGGGUGUAUGAGAGCAGCGCGAGCGGUGUGCGGAGACAGUCCCUUCACCAGUACUUGCAUUGGUGGAGCGAAGGUGAAUGCUGGCAAUGUAGAUUUCGAACUUUCUGCCGCAUAACAAGUGUUUCAAGGACUCACGACGGUGAAGAAGAGGAGACAUACUGUAUGAUUGGUACAUGGGCGAUGAUUUCUAUCACUGUUUCUGUAUAUAUACCCACGUUUAUUCUGGUAAUAUGGAAUGGGAUCAGACUUGAUGGCAAAUAUGCGAACGACGAUUUGACGUCCAAAAUUUUAUGAAGACAGCACAAAUUACAUUUCUGACAUUUUGGCGGCACCA